UUAUAGGCAUGACAUUCAUUCGUCAACGACCAACAAGUGCGCAACGUCUGCUUCAUAUGUGAUCAGAUGCGAAAACAACGCUGAAGGGAGUACUACAGAGUUAAAUUUAAAGUUUAAAACAUUGCCGUGUUUGUACAGUGUGAAAGAAGAACAUUUGUUUGUUUGAAACCACUGCACGGCAGUUAAUCCACAGUGUUUAUCGCGGAAAGUGGUGAAAGCCACUAGCCAGUCUACCAGUCAUCGUUUCCUGGAUGUGUUCCACAUUAUUGGCAAGCCGCGCAGCUGAAGGCCGACGAUUAUUCAUGCGGUGCGUCUCGCGUUGGGCGGUUUCAUUAAAAUCUACGUAAAAUGUCAGGGUUUAUUAGUGAGCCAUCUGGAGGGUGGAUCCACUCUGAUAAGGUGAUAUCUAUGCAGGGUGCCACAUACACGGUUCGAUAUAUUGGCUGUCUAGAAGUUAAAGUCUCCAUGAAACAAUUGGAUUUCAAGACAAGAUCCAGUGUUGCAAAAGAGUGCAUCUCACGAGUGUGUGAAGCAGCUGGGCUGAAAAGUGCAGACAAAAAGAGGAGAAUAGACAAGAAGGUGUUGAAAUCAAUUGCUGAUGAGCCAAUAAUGUUGAAUGCUGGCACAAAUGUCAGCUUAAACAUUAGCAGUACUAAUCUUAAGCUUACUGCUUUGGACUCUGCAAUGGUUAUUGCUAGUCAUGACAUGCCCCUUAUUUCUUUCGCGUCUGGAGGUGACACAGAAACAUUAGAUUUUGUUGCCUACAUUGCCAAGGAUGAGUACAAUCUAAGAGCAUGUUAUGUGCUGGAAUGUGGAGGAGGGCAAGCAAAGGACGUCAUUUCUACCAUUGGGCAGGCGUUUGAGUUGAGAUAUAAACAAUACAACAUGAAACCUGGUUUGGCACUUGGCCAACCAAGUACAUCAAACGGUGGCGAUGCAGAUAAAGAUUACUAUAACGAUUUGCCAGGAAAAGUACCACCAGACGUAGGUCCACCUCCUGUACCACCGCUUCCUGUAACAGUUCCACCUAGAACAACCCUACCGACCUUACCAAAUGUGUCCAGUCCAAAUUUAAUUGAUUUGAACUCUCCCACCCAACUUACACAACCGCCGCUUCCGGAAAUGCGCGCAAAUGAUUACGUUAAUGAUAUUGUCGGUACCAGGGACGUGUUUGAUAUGCAACCAUUUGAAAGUCAACCACUUCCUGCCCCUGCAGCAGCAAGCACCGGAACUUUCCGGAAAAUGGAACAAAGACACAUUGAUGAGUUAAAGAACGAAGUUUGGUUCCAUGGGCAAAUCUCACGUGCGGAGGCUGAGAAAAGAUUAGUCAAAGACGGCGAUUUUCUUGUUCGGGAAUCGCCAAACACAGAAGGACAAUAUGUUCUCUCUGGUAUGCAGGAUCGAACGAGAAAACAUCUACUACUUAUUGAUCCAGAGGGUGUUGUAAGGACGAAAGACAGAAUGUUUCAGUCUGUUAUACAUCUUAUAAGUUAUCAUUGCACGAAUUCCCUGCCGAUUAUAUCAGCGGAAAGCGUAUUGGUUCUGAGGACACCCGUGCUGCGCUCUUGAAUGCAUUUAUACUACAACUGCCUUUUAAAUUAAGAUGAUUACGUGAUGGUGGACACAGCGAAAAGAAAAUACGGUAUAUAUUUUGUGUACGUAAGAGAUAAAUGCUUUUUAUACGUUAUAGUAUAUCUAUAUAUGCGAUAUUUUCAAAUGUUUAGAAGAAAAAAUACUUAUUUAAA